UAUUGGUUUUCCUGUUUAUGUUGACCUUGACUUCUGACCCUGACCUCCUGCAUACUCUUGGAAAUCGCAGCUUACUUGAUAACCUUUGAGAAGCAUGAUGAAUGGUUAACAACAUCCCCUAAAACAAGGCCACAGAAUGGGUCGAUGAUACUGUACAACCGGAAAAAGGUGAAGUACAGGAAGGACGGCUACUGCUGGAAGAAGCGGAAAGAUGGCAAGACCACGCGAGAGGAUCACAUGAAGCUGAAAGUGCAGGGUGUAGAGUGUCUCUACGGCUGUUACGUGCACUCCUCCAUCAUCCCCACCUUCCACCGCAGGUGCUACUGGCUGCUGCAGAAUCCAGACAUCGUCCUGGUGCACUACUUAAACGUGCCAGCCAUAGAAGACUGUGGGAAACCAUGCGGUCCCAUCCUUUGCUCCAUCAACACAGACAAGAAGGAAUGGGCCAAGUGGACCAAGGAGGAGCUUGUGGGGCAGCUCAAACCUAUGUUUCAUGGCAUCAAGUGGACUUGCAGCAAUGGGAACAGCAGCUCUGGUUUUUCGGUGGAGCAGCUGGUGCAGCAGAUACUAGACAGCCAUCAGACCAAGCCUCCUCCCCGGACUCAUAACUGCCUCUGCACUGGCACACUCGGUAAGGGACAGAAGGGAGACACAGAGAUGGGCCAAAAGAGAAAAACAGGUGCUGGGAGCAGCGUGCACCACAAGUGUAACAGUGCUAAACACCGUAUCAUCUCUCCUAAAGUGGACCCUCGCACUGGCACCUACAGCAGUGGUCACUCCGAGCUGCAAAACAAUGACGUGUCAGAAGGCAAAACAGAACACAGCCAUGCUGGUGGAAAAGCGGGCACAGGGGCUACAGGAGGGGGCACAUCACGGGAAAAACGCAAUGGAAAAGUGCAUAAGCCUGUAUUACUGCACCAGAAUAGCACUGAGGUCUCAUCUACCAACCAGGUGGAAGUUCCGGAUACAACCCAGAGCUCCCCUGUGUCCAUCAGCAGUGGUCUAAACUCAGACCCUGAUAUGGCUGACAGCCCUGCUGUUACCGGAAUGAGUCACGUGGCCUCAGUAAUGAGCAGCCUAUCUCAGAACGUCUUCAUGUCAGAAGUACCUGGUGAUCCGGUCUACAGCAUGUCCCCCACAGGAAGUGCUAAUACUCACCUCAUGGGCCCUGAUGCCACCUCCCAUGGACUGGUGCUUACUGUCUCCUCUGACAGCCAUAAGUUUGCCUUUCCGGGCAGUGGGGGCACAGAGGCAGGCACACCAGGGGCCUCAGAUGGACUUGCUAUGCUGUCUGCAGCUGGAGUCUCUGAGGAGCUUGUCCUCUCAAGCAGCCUGGAUUCAAGCAACAUCAAGCUGCCAGAGACCACAAUGAACUUUGAUCCAGACUGCUUUCUGAAUAACCCAAAGCAGGGCCAAACUUAUGGAGGCAGUGGGCUAAAGCAAGAGAAUGGCUCUUCAGGUACCAUGGCUAGCACCAACGGCCUGCAGCACUCUCCAUCAAUGUCCAACUCCAGCUUCACCUUCAACGCGGACAUCAUCAAGAACAUCAAGACUGAGGACACCUCCUUCGAGCAGCAACUGGCCAAAGAAAGCGGCUAUCAGAUGGGGACAGUAGUAAGCUGUAGCGUUUCCAAUGGUUCAGGCUCUCAAGGCUCACUAACGUUAACCCCAGCAGGCUCACUACUGCCUUCUGGAGGAGGACUGAGUCCCAGCACCACCCUGGAGCAAAUGGAUUUCAGUGCCAUAGAUGCAAAACCUGACUUUUCUUCCAGUACAUCAGUGGGUUAUGACCAGGCAAUGAGCAACACUCAUCUGGCCCAUCAAAGCCACUCGCCCAGUUUCUUCCUUCAGGACACACCACAGUCAGCUCAGAACCAGCAAGGCAGGCAAAAUUCAGGCCAGAAGAGCCAUUUGCUGGAGCACAACUCCCAUGACAGGGCCUAUAUGGGCUUACAGGUGGUAAAAACAGACUCACCUGGUACCAACAGCCAUCUCCACCACCACCAUGGUCACCAGAACCAGCACAGACCAACCUGCAAUGGAAACUCCGCUGCAGAGAACCAAGGGCAGAGUGGAUCUCUUCAACUACUACAGUAUCCAGGAGGCUUUUCUAGCCUUGGGACAGAGCAUGAGGACGUGGUUGGUCAUGAUCAGGCUGGCAGUACAGCUUCCAGUCAGUCCAGUAGUGUUGAGACCAGAUCAGAUGGCUUGCUCAAGCCUGGGGAUCACCUGCAAGCCUGUGCAGGGGGCAACACAGAGGGCGGCGGAUCAGAGCACUACCUGCAGCAAGGUCCUGAGAAUGGAGUAAGUAAUGAAGCUAUAGCUCUCAGGAACGGGAAUUCUAGUGACAACACUAAUGGCCAACAGCAGCUGCAGCCUCUUCUGCAGGGGUCUGGGCUGGUACAGGGGCUCUACAAUACAGUGGGGACCCACCAGGGUCUAAACGACACUGGAACUGGCAGUACCGGGGGCACCGGCAUGGAAAUCAGCCUGGAUCACUUUGACAUCUCCUUUGGCAACCAAUUCUCUGAUCUCAUCAAUGACUUCAUUUCAGUGGAUGGAGGAGUCACUGCUGUGGGUUCUGGUGGGGCAAUUUAUGCCCAUCAGCUGGUUGCACCACCUGGCUCGGAUGGGCAGACAGCCUCAGGAGCAAACCAUCAACAAAACCAAGGGGAUGGGAACAACAGAGUAACAGGAUAUAGCACUUCUGACCUCUGCCUCCAGCCGUGCUGCAGUCCCCAGGGCCUAGGUGGUGGAACAGCUGGUGCAGGGGCUUCAGGGGACACAGGCUCACUUUCCUACAUGCAUGUAGCUGACGUUGUAUCGGCAGCAGUGGCACAGGGCACACUGGGUAUGCUGCAAGCAACAGGGAGGCUUUUUAUGGUGACUGACUACUCUCCAGAAUGGUCCUAUCCAGAGGGUGGGGUUAAGGUUCUAAUCACUGGCCCGUGGCAGGAGGCUAGCAGUCAGUACAGCUGUCUGUUUGAUCAGAUCUCUGUUCCUGCUUCGUUGAUUCAGCCUGGAGUUCUGCGUUGUUACUGCCCUGCCCAUGACACAGGGUUGGUGACUCUGCAGGUGGCAGUCAGUAAUCAGAUCAUCUCAAACUCAGUGGUGUUUGAGUACAAGGCCCGUGCACUGCCCUCUCUGCCUUCAUCCCAGCACGACUGGCUCUCUCUGGACGAUAACCAGUUCAGAAUGUCCAUUCUGGAGCGCCUGGAGCAGAUGGAGCGCCGGAUGGCUGAGAUGGCUGGCCAGCAGCAGCAGCAGCAAAGCAACGGAGCAGCUGGAGGAGCAGGAGCAGGAGGAGGAACAGGGGGAGGUGGAAAUGGAGGCAACAGCAGUAGCAGCCAGUCUCAAUGUCUGUCAGGCCAGGGACAGGCGGGCAGCUCGUUUGAGAGCCGUGUGGUGGUCGUGUGUGAGAAGAUGAUGAACCGUGCGUGCUGGGCCAAAUCCAAACACCUCAUCCACUCUAAAACCUUUCGGGGAAUGACCCUGCUGCACCUUGCUGCUGGACAAGGCUACGCCACCCUCAUCAAAACUCUCAUCAAGUGGCGUGCUAAGCAUGCAGACAGCAUUGAUCUGGAGCUUGAGGUGGACCCACUUAACGUUGACCACUUCUCUUGUACACCAUUGAUGUGGGCCUGUGCUCUGGGUCACCUCGAAGCAGCCGUGGUACUGUACAAAUGGGACCGCAGAGCUCUGACAAUCCCAGACUCUCUGGGCCGCCUGCCUCUGUCCAUCGCCCGCUCUCGAGGACACACCAAACUGGCUGAGUGUCUGGAGCAGCUUCAGAGAGAGGAGCAGCAGCAGCCUCCCUCCACCCACAUGACCUUCUCUUCUAAUCCUGAUGCUCCCUCCUCUGACAGCUGGAUUGUCAGCUGGACCAAUGACGGCAUGGUGGCCCCCAGCAGCCACAAGGGCAUUCCACCCGUCACUGCUACCACCAAUCCCUCCAGCAACAUCACUUCUGAUUUAAGACGCCCCAGAUCCGAGCCCUCCAGCUACUACAGCAGUGAGUGUCAACGGGAUCUCCCUGCAGCUAAGAAACACAAACCGAACCCAGAAGUGGCUCAGACGCGGCCGAAUAAAGCUGUCUCGGUUCCCUUGAGCCUAGAGCACCAGCAGCUCCACAAGCUCUCCCCCAGCCCAAACACACUCCCUUCAGAUACACCCAGUGCAGAUCAAAAUUCAACUGCUGAAGGCACCAAGACCAGUGGCAUCUCACAGGCCAAACUGAGCUCCUUUCGCACAGGGGGACAUAAGUGGAGCUCCAGGGAGGUGUACAGAAAAGUAUCAGGAGGAGGUGGAGGAAGCAGCAUAGGGAAGGAGAAGCUAGCAUCCAGGCUGCGUCAGCGAGGAGAGAACCUUAGCAUGAUGACCAUGACGGACAGAGAGAUAGUAGACACCGAGCUGCUCACCUAUAAAGAGGACUUGGAGAACCAGGACUGUCUUUCACACAUGGAAGACUUGCAGGCGAACAUGAUGACCUUGGCGGAGCACAUAAUCGAAGCGACGCCAGAGCGCAUUAAGAGGGAGAACUUCUCAGCUGUGGAGUCUGUUCCUCUGGACAGUAGUGGCCUGAGCAGCACGAUGAGCUGGCUAGCUACUUACCUGGGAGAUGUGGAGCAGCUGCCCAGCAUCAUCCAUCUGAGGUCUCUAUAUAGCGAACCUCUUACCCCCAACCCGGGCCUGAGUCCAGACGGUUCCCCUCAGUCUGACAGUCCAUUUGAGAAGGCUGGUCUGCCCUCCCCGGCCAACUGGACCGAGUUCCUGAAUGCUUCCAACAGCAAGAUGGAGCGCGAGCUGUCACAGCUCACCCUUACCGACCUGGAGCAGAGGGAGCUGUACGAGGCAGCUCGGCUGGUACAGAGCGCCUUCCGCAAGUACAAGGAACGGCCACUGCGCGAGCAGCAGGAAGUUGCAGCUGCUGUCAUUCAGCGCUGUUACAGAAAAUACAAACAGCUAACAUGGAUAGCAUUGAAGUAUGCACUUUAUAAGAAGAUGACGCAGGCUGCCAUCCUCAUCCAGAGUAAGUUUCGGAGUUACCAUGUGCAGAAAAAGUUCCAGCAGAGUCGACGGGCAGCUGUGCUGAUCCAGCAAUACUACCGCAGCUACAGAGAGUUCCGGCAGCUCCGGCCUCACAGACGCACAGCCACUUCAGCCCUGGUGCAGCACAAGCUCAGAAGUAGUUUGCUUACGAAGAGACAGGAGCAGGCUGCCCGGAAGAUCAUGCGAUACCUCCGCCGCUGCCGUCACAGAGUGAGAGAAUUGAGAAAGGCCAGGGAACAUGAGAAUAUCCAGAAGAGCCCCCUCACAAUGUGACAUCCCUCUCCAGACUUCUUUACCUGUUUUUUUUUUCUGUUUCAACCAGAUCUUUUACAAGAGGGGAAAAAAAAGAAUUCAAGCAGGAAGAGUAUGACUCUAUACAGAACUACACAGACGUCUGCUAUUAUACACCACUUUUUCAUAUCUCUAUCUUCCUUCUGUCUUUCUUUUAUAAGAGAAAGAGCUGACUUUAAGAGUGGAAUAAAAAAAAAAACUCAAAGCGAGGAUGUGAUCGGAGGAAGAACAUUUGCUUCAUGGCAUUUUUUGCACUUUUUCAUGGAUUUGGUUUGUUAUUUUGAAGCGCAUUAAAAAGGACAGAAUGUUGGAACAGUGCGACUCUUCAGAGAAUCACAGAGAGAAGAUGAAGAACAGGUGGAAAGACUGGAAAAAAAUAUGGAACCAAUGCGGAAACCUGGCAGGACCUGGCUGGAAUCGUAGUACAUUGUUUAAAUGACAAAUCUAACGUGUAGAAAUAUUGCGAAGGGCAUAUGAAAAAUAUGAAGAAAAAAAAAAUCCAUUUACAUCCAGUAUAUGAAAGAAGAAUUCUCUUAUAUAAUUAUAUUGUAAGGAGCCCAUCAUAUUAGUUACAAGGUAGAGCAGGAUGUUGAAGUGGUGGUGAGGCUAAAAAAAGAAUCUCUAACAUUUCAAUGAAUGUUAUUCAUUCUUUUAAAUCCUAUAGUAGUCUGUGGUUGAAUUGGGCCAGUGCAAAAUCAGUGCAAACAUAAAACAACCAUUUCUCUGGGAAAAAAAAAUGUCUGUGUGCAUCAAUUUAUUUUUAUCCCCCAGUGAAUGUACUGAAAAUUAUUACAUUCUUAUUGGGUGAUUUGCUAUGGACCUUUUCAUUAUGUAAAUGUUUUCGGAGAAAAAUAUUGCCUAGUUUUGGUUAGUAGUAGUCACUGACUAUGCUCUUAUUCUGUUCAAAAAUGACCUCCAUUGGCUCUUUAGGCCUUUAAAGGAAAGCGCACAGACAUUGCCUUGAUAUCUUAGAGAUUCUCUGAAGGGUCCCUAAGCAAGUCCUUUCAGCAAGGGUUGGAAAAAUCCAUAUUUUUGACGACUGAAAGGUUUCUGUACAUAAAGAAAGUCGACGGAACAGUAUGUGAAGUAAGAACAUUUAUCUGAACAGGACUGUAUUUUAGAAAUAUAUUAUUUUAUUCAUUAUAAGGGGUCAAAACAGGAAGUCGAAAUCUGAAUAUUUGUAUAGUUUUGUUUGAAUGCCUAAUAAGUAUGGUUGUAUUGUUUGUACAUAUUGUAAAUACUCUGGGAUAAGAUGAGCUACGUGCAUGAAAAUCAAAGAUACAGAAAAAAAGAUGAUUUAAAAAAAAAAAACAGCAUUAGUGGCUAUGCUCUGUAAAACUUUCACUAUAAGAAUAUUUUAUUUUACUUUGAAUGUUCUUGAGAAGAACAUUUUGCUAAAGCAUGACCUUACUGCAAAUAUGAAAAAUACCAUACUUAUGAGGUAGACGAAAACAACACGCAUUAUCAUUAGACGACAAUGGUUACGUUUACAUCUGUUUCAUCACGGGCUACCAAGAGACUUUUUCUCCACUGGUGCCAAGUAAAGUGAAUGCUGACUGCUUAAUGAGAAAUAAUAGGUUCAUCCUCGCUGAGCAGAAGACAAAGCAGUGAAAUGGGAGCACAUUAACUUUCAUCACUUUAUCCCCACUGACCAGUGAAUACAAGAAGUGCCACAGAGAGGAGAGGAUUUCAUAAGUAGACUUUUAGUCUCCAACAUUUCUAUAGUUUCUCAUAUUGUAAAUUCAAAACACAAAGAAAUUUUCAAUCUUAUCUAUGUUUGCGACCAUCUGUAUACAAAGCGACCAUGUUAUAUAUUAUAUUAUAUUAUAUUAAAAGGCUGCUCAUUUUUCAAUUUAAACAUGCAACACUGAUGGAAAAAGCGGUGACAGUUAAAGACUGGCGAGUCUUUCCUGCAUGACGUGACUGGACAUUUUGGUGCUAAUAACAACGAUAUAACAGGAUAACGAGAAGAAACGCUUGGCCGAUGUUGAGCUUUGGCAAUGAGCCAGCUGUUUGCACAUUUCGGCAGUAAAGUAGCUUAUGUCUUGUUCUAGUGGCUUUGGAGGCGCAUCACUUCCUGAGCGUUUAAUUAGGGUCCAAACCGUAAACAGGCAGCACUUCAAAUAAGCUGAAAAUGAGAAUAAUGGCACACAAAUUGAUUUUUAAAUAAGGUCAUGAGUCUAUUACUUUUCCAUUCAUUUCAAAUUCACUGUUUAAGUGGUGCCAUAUUGAGGUUUGUUUUCUACAGUACAACUGUGUAAAUUUUGUUGUCGAUUUCUUGGUUUGUUUGUUUUUUUUAAUAUUUUUUAAUGUGUGAACUGUUCAGAGUGUUCAUGUGGGAAGUGCCUAAUCAAAGCAAGUUUCACUCAGCAUGCAAUGUAACAAACUGGACGAAGUGAAUAUUUGGACAAUGGAAACGUGACAUUCCGUCAUGCUGAUUAUUUUAUGUAUGAUAAUGUUUUCUUCCAGUAUGCUCUGUAUUGCAGAAAGCUCAGUUAGUAUUUCAAGCCUGUUGGAACUGCCAGUCAGGAUUGCACACACAGUCCAGUGGCUAUUACCUUGCAUUCAUUCAUUCAUUCAUUCAUUCAUUCAUUCAUUCAUUCAUUAAGAAAGAAGUUUAGGAUGUCUGCUAUUGCACUGCUGGAGCCACAUGAGAAGGUCUUAUUAUGCUUGCAUGGGAAACAUAGAUAACCGGGUGACUAAAGCACACCCAGAGCAUGCUUAUUUUUGUAGAUUUGUUAGACAGAUAGAGUUGAGGAAGAAAUAAUGUUCUAUAAAGCAAUGCUGGUUUAGUAGCUCAUACAAGGUUGGAUGGUACAGUGGUAAUCAAACGGAGGGCAGAAGAGAGACGUUCAGUGUAUAGGUUUGAUCAGUAUUCACAUUUACUCGAGCGGCACACGCAUUUCUCAACCAAGGUUUUAAUUCGUUUCUUACUGCGUUCAGUCACGUCAACAAAUCAGCUGUUGAUAUUCAUAUCUUCAUGCCACUUUUACGCAUGCACAUAACAGUGAUGUGUCCUAUAUAUACAUAUAUACAUAUAUAAAUACGAAACCGGGUCAGAACGUGCGUUGUACUUGCAGGCAGUGGAUAACCACGACCUCUAGAGUGAAUCUCCUAGCGUUAGUGACAAGUUAGCCUCACUUUUUGUAUUUUUACUCAGGGUGCCAAAACUGGGGAGGGGGAAGUGGAGCAGGUCACUGGAGAAUCAGCUGCUGCUUACUGGGAAAAUGAGCCAGAGCCGAGUCCUGAUCAACUUACUGUGAUUUUGAUUAUUCCAUGCUGUUCGUUUUUAUUGAAACAUACAAAGCUGAUUUGUUUUUAUGUACCAUAGAAGUAUGUACUGUUCCCGAAAAAAGCCCCAACAAAACACAAAAGCGACAGUAGGAAGAAAGGCAUCCCAGGGUAGUGGAGCUAUAAUUGUUGGUGUGUGAGCUACAGUCCUGUAUGUGCUUACAUUUCAGACUGAAACACUGCCAUUGAUAGAUAUAGAGUAUGAAUUUUGAAAGAAAAAAAAAAGUACAAGAUAAUAAAUAAUAAAUAAGAGUAUUGACCUCAUUUCUAAUAUAAUAGAUUUCCCCUUUUAUUUCAACUUUUGAGCUGUAGGGUGCUUGAGAGAUGUUAGAUGGACCAUGGACUCACAGGGCGUAAGGUUCUCCUGAAAUGCUUACCGAUGAUCAUCUCAGCCCAGACAUGGUCUCACGUUCAGCUCACAGGCAUCUAUCUUAGAGUUAGUGUUAUUCUUUAUUCAUUAUUGAAACUACCUUUCCUCCUUUUCUGCACCCAUCCUCAAUAAAAGGCACAUCGAGGUAACCGAGCCGAAAUCUGUCUCACAAAACUUUCCACUUGUGGACAUAGAGCAAUAAACAUGUUUUAUGAAGUUGAGACCUGCGAAUCUUAUGGAGAUUAAAAAAAAACAAAAACAAAUAAAAAAAAAAAAACAAUUGGACACAUGCAAACUUACACUUAUGCAAAUGCCGAUAGGCUGGUGUGAGAUUAGUGUUCAGUAGGCCUAGUUUAUGGACAGCAGUUAUAGGACAUCUUUUACAGACCUGCACGUUUUCAUCAUUCCCAAAAACCCAGAAAAAUAGCGGCCCUGCUUUUAUUCUAGGCCACUGGGGCCUUGACACUUUGCAUGUGUAACUAGUGAUAGAGCUCUUUUUCUCUCCUCUCUAGCUGUCUUUCCUUGCUAUGUAGCCUUUGUCCUCCCCCCGAUUUGUUCAACCUUUCAUUUAUUUUUAAAACUUUGUGUAAUACAGAUGUUUUUCCCCUUUCUUUUCUCCCUUCCCCUAAUGUAAGUUUUAUUUUUGUAACUGCAUGUUAAACCGUCACUGAAAUGAUGGAUAUGUUAAAAAAAAAAAAUAGAGAGAGAACUCAGCUGCUGAAGCCAUGCAAAAUGUUUUGAA